GAUGGAAACAUUCAUACUGGUAUGGAGGAGAACGAUUCUGAACAUCCACAACCUAUAUUGAAGUACACAGCCAAGAAAGGCGCAGCGGCUAUCGACUGUUUGGUAGUUCUACUCGAACGUCAAGAUCAGUCAACAUUGUUUGAGUUACUGAAGUGGAUCUCGGUGGAGAAAAACCUCUUCGAAGUACUUCAGGCAUUGCUUAACGGAUCUAAAGAAAUCAAGAUAAACAAGAGGCGAGACGGCAACAUGUUAAUGGAAUUGACCCGACUUUGUGCAGAAAAAGGCCAAACAGAGAGUGUCCUUGAGCUUGUUGCCUGGGACGGGUCCUUUAUCCGCAAGGCUGAUGAUGAUGGUAACUCAUUGUUCCACCUAAUAGCACGAAAAGGUCAUCAUCAAACAACAAAGGCUAUUCUCAAGAACCCGGAUGUUAAAACGAAGAAAAAGAAUGCGAUGGGACAAACGGCACUACAUGUGGCGAUUCAAGGAGGUCACAGAAUGACUAAUGCUCUUAUCCUGAAAACUGACAACGAACUAGCAAGAAUCAAGGACAACAAUAAGAUGACACCGCUCAUGUAUGCCUGCCAAACAGGGAAUAUCUACGUCGUUAAACUGCUCUUGGAGAUGCAAAAAGAGGCUCAAGUGAAUAUAGGGUUUCUUGAUUGUGACGUGAAUGGUCUGAAUUGCUUAGACCAUGCCAUCGACAAUGGGCACGAGAUGAUUGCCGUAACGUUGCUCGAUCAAGAUAAUUGGCGCAACCUUAUGACGAAUGCAACAAGAAACGGAGGAACCAGCGGAGGACCCAAGAUGACGCCUAUGAGGAAACUCAUUAGCUCUAUGCCAGGUGUCGGCAAGUUUGUACUGGAUAAGUGUAUCACCAAGGUAAAAAAUCCAAGCGAUGCUAAAGAUGAUCAGAUCAAAGUUGACUUUGAAUUACUAGAGGACUGGUACUCAGAUUGGAUGAAGGACGGAGACGAUCGGGAGAAAAAGCAGAGAGAAGGUAAUGAUAAGAUUGUAAUGACUGAACUCAGCCCUGGAUCACGUGAUAACGACAAAAAGAAAGAUGAACAGAUCUCUUCCAACUUCGAUAGCGAUGGGAAAUUGAAACCCAAUGCCAAGAUCAGUGUCAAAGGUCGCUUAUCCCGCUCCAAAAAUCAUCCUGUGCAACACAUGCUUAAAAGUGAUGACGGUAAGGAAUUACUGAACCACCCUGUAGUUCGUCUAAUGUUCAAGAACAAGACAAACGCGUUUCGUAUCGAAUACUGGCUCCGGUUCUUCCUCCAACUUACACUGCUCUUCUUCCUGACACUCCAUAGCCUUAUCAUUCCUCCACCGUACUAUGUUAAAAAGCACCUACCAGAGGGCAACUACACGUGGUUGGCUGAUGGGGAGGCCAAGUGGAAGGAAGACCUGGACCCGAUCGCUUUGGUCUUGUUUGGUUCGAUCGGGACCUGGCUCAUUCUCUUGUUAACUGUUAUCUAUUUCUUUGAAAUGCUUCGCAGAAAGUGGUUGUACAGGACAACACAGUCUAACUCGAUGAAUGUAUGGAUAAGUGUCAUCCGAGAGCUCACUCUCCAAAUCUUGAUCAUUCUGUUCGUCGUUCCGGGGUUUGGGGAUCUCUACUUUAGCCACGGUGUUACCUUCAAAGCCGAAUGGCAAUGGGAACUAGGUGCAUAUGCAGUUCUCUUGGCCUGGAUUAAUUUCAUCUAUUUCCUGCAAACUGCUUCAUUCUUCGGCAUCUAUAUUCUUAUGUUCUUAGAAGUUUUAUCGACUAUGGUAAACUUUUUGCCUGUUGCUGGAAUCUUUCUUUGCACCUUUGCUGUGGUUUUCUGCAUCCUUAUCAUCAAUCAGACGCAGUAUCACACAUUUGGGGACUCCUUAGCUAAGUCUCUGACGAUGCUGACCGAUGGAAUAGACUUUGAUACCGUAUUUCAUCCCAUGGACUACUUGUACCAGCAAUCUGCUACCGAGGACUUCACAAACAUGGUCUUCUAUCCACACACUACCCACAUUAUCUUUAUCAUUUUUCUCUUUUCCAUGCCGAUAGUCGUCAUGAACCUCCUGACUGGUUUGGCAGUCUAUGACAUUGACGUCAUACAGAAAAAGGCCGAGAUUUUGAAACAGACAAUUGAGGCGAAAAGGAUCAUGGCCGUGCAGAGUAGCAGUUUUCCGAAAGCGUGGAAGGACAGUGUAUUCCAACACCAAACGAUAACAGUCGUCAAGAAUCUCUCCUCGCUCAAAGCCGUCUGCUACAAGCUCACUGGCUAUAAAGACACACAUGAGUACUUGGUGGCAUUUCUGGAUAAGCUAGAAAAAACGACGGACCGUGUUGCGUACACGAAGACAACCGAUAUGAAGAUUGAUGACAUGAUGGAUAGAAUCGAUGACGUCAGCAAUGAACUCAAUAAUCUGUCUGACAGUACCCUUGAUGCUUGUACACUACAUGUGGAAGCAAUCAGCGGUGUCGAGCAACUUAAACAGCAAAUGCAGGUUAUACAGGAUAAACUGGAUAAGAUGUGUCGUAGUAGAGUAGUUUAAACACUUGACUUGAGUGAAUUAGACGAAAAUGUCGUGGAUUUGACCUCAUCCCACUUGUAAUUUAUGUCCUUAAAAACCACAAAACUUUCUUCAUUUUCAUCAUUAUCAUCUUAUUUUCACUUUCCAUCUUCUCCUGCUUCUUCUUGUUUUCACUAUAACAACCAACAUUGUUAUCAUUAUCAUAAUCAUCGUCAUCAUUAUUAUUUGUAUUAUUAUU